UUACUCCCUUUUGUGGUCAUGAUGGCCAUUGAUAUUCAAAAUGACCAACAUUUACAAUCAGCAUUCUCUGGUUUUACUGCCUAAAACAUAUAAGCUCAAAGUCGAAAGCCAUACUGAUUUAUAGCAAAAUAAUAUUGAUAUGUUUAUUUUAUUUUGCAUUACGCAUGCUGUGCGCAUGGCAUUACGUGAGGACAGGACCAAGUGAUACUUUUACUCUGCAUUUACUAGUUUACUUUGCUAGUUGAAAUUCUUACUUUACUCUGCAUUUACUUUGCUAGUAGGAAUUAUUUUAUUUGGCAUAAGCCUACCUUGCUAUCAUUUUCUUAAAUGACUGCUGCAACAUAAACUACCGUUAUAAUGGGUGAGCGUUAACAUUUGAAAUAUGUUCAAAACUGAGCUUUCAGUUUCAGUUAGUUUAUUUUACAGCCAAUGUGUUCAAUUAUAGGUAGGGCAAUGCAUCGCUACAGCGUGGACGCUCGCGAUGUAUUUGGGGGAGGGUUUACUGUAGUUUAAAACGCACGCACGAACUUGGAAGUUUGCAAACAUGCUGUCCUCUGGUCCAACUUGGAUGCAGCCAGCGUAAGGGCGGUGCUUUGCUGAAGAAGAAAAGGCAACAGUUUAGUUGAAAUAAAUACGGUCCACACAAUGACUGACGGUUAUUCUUCAGCAAGACCAAGGAGGGAUGAGUUUGACUAGAAGUUAAGUUUUGGAAGUUCUGGAACACAGUGUGUGGCGCUGUGGCAAGAGCGGUGCAUUGUUGAAGCCAUGGCCGCUCAGUGCGAUUCCUUGAGCGGAUACCUCCAACAGUCUGACCCGGGCUCCAACAGCGAGCGCAGCACUGACUCCCCUCUUCCCGUCUCAGAGGAUGACACCGGUGGGCCCCCUGUCCCGCCAGACCCGGAGUGGACUGAGGAGAGAUUCCGAGUGGACCGUAAGAAACUGGAGAUCAUGUUAUUAGCUGCCACAGAGGGAAGAGCAAAUGGAGGAGAGGACUUCUUCCAGAAGGUAAUGGACGAAACCAAGACUCAGAUAGCUUGGCCCUCGAAACUGAAGAUCGGUGCCAAGUCCAAGAAGGACCCACACAUCAAAGUGAGCGGGAAAAGGGACAACGUGAAGGAGGCCAAGGAGAGGAUCAUGUCUGUUCUGGACACUAAGAGUAACCGUGUGACCCUGAAGAUGGACGUGUCACACACGGAACACUCACACGUCAUCGGCAAAGGUGGCAACAACAUCAAGAAGGUGAUGGAGGAGACGGGCUGCCACAUCCACUUCCCCGACUCCAACCGCAACAACCAGGCCGAGAAGAGCAACCAGGUGUCCAUAGCUGGCCAGCCAGGAGGUGUGGAGGCUGCACGGGCCAGAAUCAGGGAGCUGCUCCCAUUGGUUCUGAUGUUUGAGCUGCCGGUGAUGGUGCAGAUGAACCCGGACCCCAGCUCUCCGGCCAUCCAGCACAUCGCUCAGACCUACAGCAUCUCAGUCAGCUUCAAGCAGAGGUCGCGCCUGUAUGGAACCACGGGGGUCGUCAGAGGGUCACAGAACAAUGCCGCCGCUGUGAAGCGUGGCACGGCGGUGCUGCUGGAGCACCUGGCGGGCAGCCUGGCCAGCGCCAUCACGGUCAGCACGCAGCUGGACAUCGCCCCCCAGCACCACCUGUUCAUGAUGGGCCGCAACGGCGCCAACCUCAAGCACGUGGUGCAGCGUAGCGGCGCCCAGGUGCACUUCCCCGACCCGGGCAGCCUGCAGAAGAAGUCCACGGUCUACGUGCAGGGCACCAUCGACGCCGUGUGCCUGGCACGCCAGUACCUCAUGGGUUGUCUGCCACUAGUGUUGAUGUUUGACAUUAAAGAGGACAUCGAUGUGGACCCACAGUUCAUCACCUCUCUCAUGGAGCAGUUGGACGUGUUCAUCAGUGUUAAGCCCAAACCCAAACAGCCCAGCAAGUCUGUCAUUGUGAAGAGUGUGGAGCGCAACGCUCUUAACAUGUACGAGGCCCGGCGCUUCCUGCUGGGCCUGGACACCAGCGGAGUUGCCCCCUCCUCCACCUCCUCCUCCCCCCCCUCCAUCAGCAGCUGCUGCAGCCCCUCCAGCAGCCCCUCGGCUCCCCACACCCUCAGCUGCACCACGGUGGGGCUGGACAUCCUGGCCUCGGCCGGACUGGGCCUCACCAGCCUGGGUCUGCUGGGCCCCUCAGCAGCCUCCAUGGCGAGCUCAGCCACCAACUCUCUCCUGAACGCCCUCAACAGCUCCAUCAGUCCCCUGCACACUCCCAACUCCUCCGCCCCCAGCCCCACACUCUGGUCCAGCUCGCUGAGCAGCCCCUCCAGUAACACAGGUUUCUCGUCCCCUCUGCUCAUCCACCCGGCCACUCAGGCCACCCUAACCAACAUCCUGCUGUCGGGGGUCCAGGGCUUCACCCACAGCAACCCCUCGCCUCCACCCGGCCUAGCGCCCAGAGAGCCGCCCGGCAGCGACGGCUCCGACUGCAGCAAGGCCAUGGCACCACUCAACGGACAUGUGAAGCACCCCAGCUCUGUGUACAGCAGAAUGUCGGCGGCGGCGUUGGCUGAGAAGGUUCUGAGCGCCAGUCAUAACGAUUGCCAGUCGGUGCCUGAGUCCAGCGCCCACUGCCCCUCGGAGGCUCUUCAGAACAAACCCAGCCCUGACCAAGGUUCCAAUGAUGCGUUUGUGGAGGUGGGGAUGCCGCGGAGCCCCUCCCACUCGGGGAGCAGCAGUGAGCUGAAGCAGAUGCUCGCCUCCUGCCAGAGCUCAGGGAAGAGGCAGGCCCUGGAGCUGCUGCAGGGCACCAAGAACUCACACUUACACUCUGACUGUCUCCUGUCCGAUUCGGACUCCAGCGCAUCUGAAGGCCCCGUGGCGGACAAGCGGGCACCGGGUAGUGAGCGGGCAGCAGAGAGGGCAGCGCAGCAGCAGAACUUCGCACAGACCAGCUUCGCCAACAUGCAGGCAUUUGACUAUGAGCAGAAAAAGUUACUCGCAACCAAAGCCAUGUUGAAAAAGCCUGUGGUGACUGAGGUACGAACCCCCACCAACACCUGGAGCGGCCUAGGCUUCUCCAAGUCCAUGCCAGCCGAGACCAUCAAGGAGCUGCGCAGAGCCAACCACGUGUCCUACAAGCCCACCAUGUGCACCACUUAUGAGGGAUCGCCCCUGUCGCUGUCCCGCUCCAACAGUCGCGAGGGCGUGGGAAACGGCAGCGACUCGGACAACUGGCGCGAGCGGAACGGGAGCGGCAAUGGAGGCGGGGGUGGCCUCCCGACGCACAGCGAGUUCUCGUCGGCGAUCAGUCCAAAGAGGAAGCAGAACAAAACAGCGGAGCACUACCUGAGCAGCAGCAACUACAUGGACUGCAUCUCCUCAGUGACGGGCAGUAACGGCUGCAGCCUCAACUCCUCCUUCAAAGGCUCGGACCUGCCUGAGCUCUUCAGCACGCUGGGCCUGGGCAAAUACACCGACGUCUUCCAACAGCAGGAGAUUGAUCUGCAGACGUUUCUCACUCUGACUGACCACGACCUGAAGGAGUUGGGCAUCACUACAUUUGGAGCCAGGAGGAAAAUGCUGCUUGCGAUUUCAGAGUUGAACAAGAACCGGAGGAAGCUCUUUGAACCGCCCAACAUUCGCUCGUCCUUCCUAGAGGGAGGGGCCAGCGGCCGCCUGCCACGCCAGUUCCCCUCGGACAUUGCCAGCGUUAGCGGACGGUGGUAGGGGUCAAGGGUCAUGAGUGAAACUGAAGAUGACUGGAGUUGGACUGGGUUAACUCUAGCAUCCAACCGUCUCCAACAUCCAGAAUCUCCUCCAAUGUGUGAAGCCACCCCAUUCCUCUGCACCCCUCUCUUAAAGCCAUGUUCUCCAUGUCCCCCACCCCACACACACACACACACACACACACAUUCCCUCCCCCAAGCAUCAGCCAGACACAAGUGCAAACUUUACCAAGUGCCAAAAGGAAUGCCUGCCACACAGAUAACGGACACUGACAGUGUGUCGUCCAUCCUGUCGUCAUACACAUCGGUACGCUGAUCACAGCACCACCACCACUACGGUACAAGCCAGAAGGGAAUGAACUGCAUACGGUGCUGUGGCAACCACGCCCUACUUCGAGAAGUAACAGUUGGCCAAGCACUCUCGACUGCAAACCCCCCCCCCCCCCCCCUCUCUCUCUCUCUCUCUCUCUCUCUCUCUCUCUCUCUCUCUCUCUCUCUCUCUCUCUCUCUCUCUCUUUUCUUCUCAUUAUGCUACCCUGUUUCUGCCCUUUCUGUCAUUCCUGAUUCUUCGCACUGCACUUGGCCCAAUGGACGUGCUGAUGUCUCUGUGCAAUCCCAGGGUUCUCUUCCCAGCACUUAUCUGGACACCAAAUGGAAUUGUGCACGCUGAGUGUGCGCACUGUGGACAGCCAAUGUGCCUUCUUUUGUACCCCCAGAAUGAGCACAAACCUCUGUGGAGUGCAAAAAGAAUCUGUUCUUCCUCAACCAUCUAUGUGCUUCCUCUUCCUCUCUUUAAUAGAGCUCUCUCUGCUUAUAUCUGCUAGAGGUAUUUGACCGUGGUGAUGUUGAGGUCAGAGGGGUCAUGGAUGCCCCUGGAUGUCUGUCGUCCAUAUGGUCUUGUUUCUACUCUGCUUUCAGAGACCCAUAUUCUGCCAGGCGUGCUAUGUGCACCAGAUCUUGACAGUUAAAAUAUUAAUUUACUCAAUUUUAUUCAAAUUCACCAAGUUAAAAUAUUAAUUUAGUCAACAAUCAAAAAUCAAUUCUCAGUUUACAGGGAGUCACCAACCUAAAUUGUUACAGUAGCCUUCAGCGGCGUUGCCCUGCCUAUGUAGGCCUAUGCCUUGAGACUCCAUCGUUUUCUAUUGGAUAGAACCGAGCAUAGAACCUACCCCACCUUUGGUAUGUGGGUGUGACCUAUAUCUCCACCCUGUUCUUUCAACUACCUCUCUGUUUUUUUCUUCCUCACUACUUUUCUUCUUUGCCGCAUGCCUCAGUUCUUUUUUGAGGAAGUGCACCAAACUUUCCAGUCAACGUUCCAGUCAAGUCUGAAAGUAUAUAGACCUCGAAGCUGUGAAUGUCGCCAGAUGUGUCUUAUUUGAAGUGAAGGGAAAAAAAACGAAAUACCAAAAAGUGUCUCUUUUUUUCUUUUUCUCUCGCACUGUCAUCUUUUCCAAAGUAAAUAGUGAGGAUCAUCUUAGUGACUCUGGAGAACGGCACUUCACCCAGAUGUUAACCACUCCUAGUGAUCUCACCUCAUUGUAUUGCAUUGUUUUCUAUGUAUAGUGUAAUCAUGCCUUUAUGUUAACAAAAUGUAAUGCCAAUCUUGUGUGAACCUGUGUGUGACAGAGAUUAAUUUGCAAUCAUUUAUAUGCAUUCUGUGCAUAUUGUAGUUUAUCAUCUUUUUUAUUAAUAUUUUUUUUGUAUCUGUCAAUUUUAGACUGUGGCAAACCGUACCAUUUUGUACAGAAUAUUUUUCUUUGACUUUAUGUGUCUUUAUUUUGGCAGUGAGUAUGCAGGACUGACAUUGAAGCAUAGCUGAUGUUUCGUGUCGUGAACAGAAGGCCAACUUCUAUUAAGUGAAUAUUUGAAACUCUGACUGUGCAAAGGAGUUCCCUUUGCCCUUUGUAGCCUUUUUUUUCCAUAUGUGGAACUGCAGCACGGGCACAAAUAAGGGAUUCUUAGUUUAGUUUUAUUCGAAGACCUCCCUCCCUACCACCCCUGUCUUUGUUUUUUUGUUUUUGUUGUUUUGUUUUUGUUUUGUUUUUUUUGUCAUUUUUGUAUUAUUCAGUUUAUUUUUCAGCCAGCGUCUGUCAAUAGAUGUUCCUGGGAAAGCCAUUUGCUCUGUUUCAUUUCAUUUUAUGAUGUACCAGACAGAGCUCUCUGAGUCUUCAUGGUUUUGUGAACGACCAGCUGUAAUUCAUUUGUAGAAUUGUACUUGGUGUCUCUCCUGUAAAUGGAGAAAUUAAAGAAAAACAUGGGGGGGGGGGGGGGGUGGGAGGAAAACGGUCUGUGUCUUUGACAUGGCCUUCAGACCAAGGCUUGUCGUAUUCUAAGGCGCUCGGUUAGUUCACAUGGAACUUCUCUCCUGGAAACUGGAUCAAAAUUUUGAAUUAAAAUUCUGAGUUAAGGAUUGGAUCGGCUUUGGUUCUCUGCCAUUCGAAGAAGGGACAUUUCAAUCAGUAGCAGUGUUGUGCUGGCCAGUGCCUAGGGAACUAUGUUUUAUCUGUGAGUUCAAAACAGAUAACUAUGUAUUUCAGUAUAGACUCCAUUGCAGUGUUCUUUGAAGUUAAGACCUAAUUUGGGGUUAUUGUGGUACUUGGAUGAAGUGAUACCAUUUGAAUGUUCUGUAUUAGGAAGAAAUGUUACAAAGUAAAGUUACAAAGUAAUAAAUUGUAUGCAAACCUUU